UGGGUGAGUGACUGGCUGGAACUUCAUAGGUGAGUGAAAAAUCCCAAGACUUCCCACCUCCUCCUCGUUCCGUUCCCUCAGGUCCCGAGAGAAUCGGGCAAUUUUCAGUCAAGUGAAUCUGACUUCAAGUGAAACCUUCAAGGCUAAUUUCAUUUGCAAUAACCUAGACUCUAUUAACAUGGACUCUCAGCUGUCCCAGUAUGGAGAGGUGAAUCAAUUGGGCGGGAUGUUCGUCAACGGGCGACCUCUUCCCAAUCACAUUCGGGUCCGGAUAAUCGAAUUGGCUCAGCUGGGAAUUAGGCCUUGUGACAUUUCACGACAACUUCGGGUCUCGCAUGGAUGCGUAUCGAAAAUUUUAGCCCGAUACAACGAGACUGGCUCGAUUCUGCCCGGAGCCAUUGGAGGAAGCAAGCCACGGGUGACCACGCCGAAAGUAGUCAACUUUAUUCGCGACCUCAAGAUCAAAGAUCCAGGGAUUUUUGCCUGGGAGAUCCGAGACAAGCUCUUAUCGGAGGGCAUAUGCGACAAAUAUAAUGUUCCGUCCGUUUCCUCGAUCAGUCGGAUUUUACGAAAUAAGAUUGGAACCCUUGGUGCUCCAGGAUUGUCAUCUCGAAACGAUUUGGGCCCUCAUAGACAUUCGGCCAUGAGCCACAUCAACGCAUCACAUCAUAUGCAUCAUGCCGCAAUGGAAAAUGGUUUAAGUCACGGAAAAGGGUUCAUGUCUUGUCAUCCAGGCGAUCCUAAUAUGACUGGUCCGGUUUCGGGUGCUCCCUCAUCUCAUUCAAACCAUUCGAGGUAUUCUACCAAUGGGCCACAAACGCAUCUGGGACUCGGGUCUAGAGCGCCUGGGCCUAUUAGAGGCCACUUUCCUCACAGUCAAGGUCCUCAAAAUAACGGUAAUAACUCGACCAUCCGGUCGACUAAUAGCAACAACAACAACAACAACAAUAAUAAUAAUAACAACGCCAACCAUACCAAUAACAACGGCAAUAACGCCGCAACAUCCUCAGCUAAUGAACAUAUAACUCAUUCCGAUAAGAAGCUUUCUCCGGGAGGAAACCCUCAUCAAACCCAUACCUCUCCUCCAAACUUGACAAGAGAUCCCAACUCACUUUGGACUCCCGUAUCUUCAGCCAUGGCCACGGCUUUGAGUUUUCCUCACUCUUCACCGGAUUAUGGUGGCAAAGAAGAACAACAGCUUCUGCAUAGUGGAUCGGUGGGAGCUACGUCCCCGAUUGGAUGUGAUGCAUUUGCUCAUAUGAGUGCUUACGGCGAUCCCCGUGGCGCGUCGAAAGCGGCGGCUGCAGCCGCAGCAGCCGCCGCUGCCGCUCAAAAUAUCAAUUAUUACAUGUAUUUGCAAUCUCAUCAGGAAAAUGCGGAUCUUUUGAACCAUCAUUUCCCUCCAACUUCGCAGGUGCUGGGCCUACCUUUGCCAAACAUGCCGGUUCACGAAGAUUUCAGUUACAUGAAAAACAGUUCUAGUCAUCCCCAAUAGUCUUAGUCAAUCCAAGCUCUACUUGAACAAUCAUGCGAUUUAUUUAUUUAUGUUGUAGUUCGACCAACAUCGCCUGCUUUGCAUUCAUUCAUUCAUGAAAUAAAAAGGAAGAGAUUUCUACUUUC